ACAGAGCAAGAGAGAGAGAUGGGGGAAAGGAGAGAGGAGAUUCCUCUGCACAGCAGCAGAAGAGGAAGAAGAAGAGGAAGAGGCAUGUACAGACUGUUGGCAGGCAUCAACCUUGCGGGGAUGGUGGCCGUCCUCUUCUACAGGGUAACCAACAUCCCCCAUGAGAGCCUGAGCCUAAGGCUUCUGUGGGCAGCCAUGACACUCUCGGAGCUGUGGUUUGUUCUAUAUUGGAUCAUGAAUCAGGCCGUCCGGUGGGAUCCCAUCUACCGAUCCACCUUCAAGGAUCGACUCUCGCUCCGGUUCGAAGAGGAGCUGCCAGGGGUGGACGCGUUCGUGUGCACUGCAGAUCCAUGGAAGGAGCCACCGUUGCUCGUCAUCGGCACAGUGCUGUCUCUUAUGGCGUACGACUACCCGCCGGAGAAGCUCAGCGUAUAUCUUUCUGACGACGGCGGCUCCGACUUGACGUUGUAUGCUCUCCUUGAAGCCUCUUUUUUCUCCAAGCACUGGCUGCCCUUCUGCCGGAAGUUUAAGAUCGAGCCCAGGUCGCCGGCCGCAUUCUUCUCCGCCGAAGCUGUUCCGCCCCUCACCUUUUCACAGGAGUUAUCGACCAUGAAGAGCUUGUACGAAGACAUGGCGAAUCGUAUUGAAAGUGCUGUCAGUCUAGGCAGAGUUCCACCAGAGAUUCGUGAAGAACACCAAAGACUUUUCUCUGACUGGAAUCCAACAACAAACUCACGAGAUCAUCCUUCCAUUCUCAAGAUACUAAUUGGUGGUGGAGACUCAAAGGCAGUAGACGUUGACCGGUGCCCAUUGCCGACUCUUGUGUACAUGGCCCGUGAGAAGAGGCCCACCUAUCCCCAUCAUUUCAAGGCUGGAGCUAUGAAUGCACUCUUAAGGGUAUCAUCAGAGAUCAGCAAUGCUCCCAUAAUACUCAAUGUGGACUGUGACAUGUAUUCCAAUGAUUCACAAUCCGUAAGAGAUGCAUUGUGCUUCUUCAUGGACGAAAGGACGGGAAGCCGAACUGCAUUUGUUCAAUUCCCUCAGAAGUUCAACGUCACCAAGAAUGAUCUUUAUGAUGCUUCUUUACUUUCCUACAAUGAGGUAAAUUCAUAUGGAUUUGAUGGAUUUGAGGGAAUGAUGUAUAUCGGGAGCGCAUGCUUCCAUAGGAGAGAUUGUCUCACCGGAAGAAAGUACAGUGAUGAUUUCAAAGGAGAUCUUAAUGGAAGGACAUGGAAGAAGUCUUUGGAGAGUGCUGAUGUAUUGGAAGAAAGAGGAAAAUUUCUUACUAGUUGUGCCAGUGAAGAGAACACUAUGUGGGGAACAGAGGUGGGAUUGAAAUAUGGUUGUCCUGUGGAGGAUGUCAUCACUGGGCUUGCAAUACAGUGCAGAGGGUGGAGAUCUGUUUAUUUCAAUCCGAAAAGGGCUGCUUUCAUAGGGGUCGCCCCGGCUACCUUGAAUGACACCUUAAUUCAAAGAGAAAGGUGGGCUGAAGGAAACUUUCAAAUUUUCCUCUCCAGAUACUGCACUUUUGUAUAUGGGAAGGGGAAGAUAAGCCUCGGCCUUCAGAUGUGCUACAGCAUCUAUGGCCUCUGGGCUCCCAGUUCCUUGCCAGCGUUGUGUUAUGCAAUUGCACCUUCACUUUGCCUCCUAAAUAACGUUUCUCUGUUUCCUAAGAUAUCUACUCUCUGGUCCAUACCUUUUGUAUAUGUCAUCAUAAGCACAUAUGGAUACAGUCUGGUGGAGUUUCUGUGCUUAGGAGGCACAUUUAAGUUCUGGUGGAACGGACAACGAAUGUGGAUGAUUAGAAGAGUAACAUCCUACUUCUUUGCAUUCCUUGACUCAAUGUUGAAGCUUAUAGGCAUGGGGCAGAUGAAAUUCACAAUAACAUCGAAGGUUGUGGAUGCGGAUGCAACAGCUCGAUAUGAGAACGAAAUCAUGGAGUUUGGAAUUGCAUCACCCAUGUUCAUAUUGCUCACAACAGUUUCAGUCCAUAAUUUAGUGUGCUUGGCAGCACUAGUUUUUAAAGUGGUUGUGAACGGAAUUGAAGUUCUGGAUCCCCUGUUUUUCCAAGCAACUUUGUGCGGAUCCAUGGUGCUACUCAGCCUCCCCAUAUAUGAAGCAGCAUUCAUCCGUAAGGACAAAGGGAAGAUACCAACAGCAGUUGCUUUUAUCGCGGUCAUUUUAACAUUGGCGAUAUCAUUCUUGGCAGUUCUUUAUGAGUGAACUCAGUGAGGUGAGCAGGCAGGUCAUUUUCAUGCUUCUUUCUCAUUUUCCUUUAAAGCGUGUAUGAUUUUGUGAUCCGUGUGUUUCAACUAGUUGGAGCCACACAUGAUCAUACUCAUGCUGAACCAAGGGUUGCGGCUUUGAAGCAAGUCUUAUAUGCUGGUCA